AUGAUUCAUGGGAAUGCAGCAGAAGAAUAUAACAGAGUAUUGGAUUAUGUUGAAGCAAUCAGAAGGUGGAUUCCAGGUAGCACUGCAGUUGUGAAGGUACAGGGGAUAGACAACCCUCCACCAAUUUUCCAGAGAAUGUACAUUUGCUUGCAACCAUGUAAAGAGGGAUUCAUGGCUGGUUGUAGGCCCAUUUUAGGUGUAGAUGGGUGUCAUCUGAAAGGACCUUGGCCUGGGAUUUUGCUUACUGCUAUUGCCAAAGAUGGUAACAACAAUAUUUUCCCAGUUACUUGGGCUAUUGUAGAGACAGAGAGCUCAGAAACCUGGACUUGGUUUCUUGAGUUGCUGGUGAAUGACAUAAGAUCUGUUGCUGCAUCAGUGACUUGGGUGCAUGAGCAUGAAGAUCCAGUUACCUUCAUGAGUGAUAGACAAAAGAGCCUGCUUGAUGCUUUCAACACAGUCAUUCCAAAUGCAGAAACAAUAUUUUGUUGCAGACAUAUUUGGGCAAAUUUUAAGCUCAAAUUCCCAGGUCAGAUAUACAAAGAGAGCUUCUGGAAGGCUGCAAGGAGUUCUACUAAGCAUCAAUUUGACAACCAUAUGCAAGAGAUUAGGAAGUUAAGUGAGGAUGCUUUUCAAUAUCUGUCUGAGAUACCAGUUUGUCACUGGUCUAGACAUGGCUUUAGUCCAAGGGCAAAGUCAGGGAUGCUGCUAAACAACUGCUGUGAAAGCUUCAACAAUGUCCUCAGGGAAGCUAGGACAAAGCCAAUCUUGUCUUUAAUGGAGUGGGUCAAGAGAUAUGUCAUGAAAAGUAGCUGUGCUAAGAGAGAAGGCUCAAAAGAUUUUGAAGGUUUAAUCAUGCCAUCAGUUGUGAAGAUGAUUGAGAGAGGGCAGAAACAGAUUUGGAACAUGAGAAUUAUUCAAGAAGAUCUGCAUGAAUUUGAGGUGGAUGAUGAACAAGAGACAUUUGUUGUUAAUCUUGAACAAAAGACUUGUGGAUGCUAUAGGUGGACUUUGAUGGGUAUCCCAUGUUGGCAUGCAUUAGCUUGCAUAGCCAAAAGAAGACUCAACUAUGAAGAUUUUGUACACCCAGCCUAUCAUAUUGCCACUUAUGCUCCAGCAUUUCAUGCAAUGCCAGGACAUAACCAAUGGGAUAAGUCUGCUAUGCCUCAGCCUCUGACCCCUGUUUUCAAAGUCAUGCCAGGUAGACCUUCUAAAAAGAAAAGGAAGAAAGCACAGGGAGAGGGAACAAGGAAGAAUGUGAAGAGAGCAAGGAAGCCACACACAUGUUGCAGAUGUGGUGGAAAAGGGCACAAUGCCAAGAAGUGUUUCAGGCCUCUAAAACCACCACCUCCUGAAAACAAAGGUGGCAGGCCUAGGAAGCAAAAGGGGGUAGCAACCUCAACAGCACAAACAUCUACUGCAGCAACCUCAUAG